ACCCAAAAAUCCUCGAGUGUAGACCGAAGACUAUUUGGUAUAGGCCAGUGCAAAUGCUUUUUGACAACUCUGUGGUCAAUAAUGAAAAUUGAAAGAUAGUUGCUGGAGGGAAUUACUAAAUGCGCUCAAAAAUAAGCCUUUACAAGAAAACAACAGUUGUGACAUCACAGUUUCUGAGCCAAGUUUUAUAUUUAUAGGAACCUAAGGAUUUUGAAUACAGCAAUGGCUAAUGAACAGAAUCAAAUACAAGACUCUAGUUUGAUGUUUUCGAAAUUGUUUAGAAUAGUGCAAAGAGGAAAGGGUGUGCAAGAGCAAGUUUUCAGAUGGGGUUAUACAUAUCCCUGGCAUAUUCCCAUUGCAGUAACCCUGAAAGAUCGUGGGAUUGUGCUUAGGAAACAAUUUGUUAGGCAUGAACGUGAACUUCUUGAACAACCUACAGACCUUAGCAAAUUUGAUAUGACUUUAAUGCAUAAAUUGUUGAAAUGUGUUCCUGGCAUGGCUCCUCAAAAUGAUGUAAUUUGGGGAACACCAGGAGAUACCCUGGAGUAUCAUUUAGCUACCCUCAGAAACAUGAGGAAUCGUUUAGUUCAUGAAGGGAAUGAUUUUGAUUUUGAAACACAUUUACGAAGAGCGCAGGAGAUUCAAGAAGUGUUGAAAAAGAUUUUGAUAAAUGCAGCAGAACGUUAUCAAAUUGAUAAUGUAAAAUGUAAAGAAUUGUGCGACGAGCUAGACCAUGACAUAACCUGCAUCUUAGAUUCUGAACAAACAAGCAUUAUAGAAAAUGUUUUUGUGACUGACUUGAAACAUACAUAUAGUAGGUUGUCAGUCUUUUCAUCUCUCUUUAAUCUAUUUAAUGAGGCAAGAACUAUACAAGUUAAUGAUGUAUUUACUGAAAUGAAAAUGACUUUAAACAAAAAUGAAGAUAAUGAACAUCCUGAGAUUAAAUAUGAUGAGUUACUGAUGCUUGUGAAAAGGAAAUUGGAUCAGACAAACAAGACCAAUAUUUUAUUGAUUUUAGAAGGGCCAGCAGGAGUAGGCAAGACAACGCUAACAAGAAAAAUUAUCCAUGAUUGGUCUGCAAAUGAAGACGCCAGUACUAUGAGUCAUUUGAAAGAAUAUGACUUUGUGUUGUACUGUGAAUGUAGAGAGCAAAAUGUAGAAUCCCUCCCUGAGCUUCUUGCAUCUCUCUUGCCAAGGGAAAGUCAGGAUAUUCCAAAAGAAGAGCUUGUAGGAAAGCUCCGGGACAAAAAAUUUUUAUUUGUUGUUGAUGGAUAUGAUGAACUUAACCCAUCAUCAAAGAAAGUUUUCAGGGAUAUCUUACAGAUGGGUGAAUCCAAUAACAUUGUAAUAUUAUGUACAACACGACCCUGCAAAGUGAAAGCCAUCAAAUCAGAGAUCCCAGAGAAUUUUGCAAUAUUAGAUGUGGAAGUUAAAGGAAUCCCAGUAAAAUGUAGAGAAGACUUUGUAAUUAGGUAUAGUAAAGCCAUUGGUUUUGGUCAAGAGGAAGGUAAAGAUAAACCAAGCCUAUUGAGCUUUCUAAGCAGGAGAGAAAUCUUGCAACAACAUCACUGGGACCUGCCCUUGAACUUAGUCCUACUCACGAUUUUGUGGUUUCACGACUCUGAGGCAGUUAAUAGGUUGACCACUGCAACAGAACUUUUUGUAGAGACAUGCAGAUUAAGCAAGAAAAAAGUAGAAAGCCGGCUUUUAGGAGGUGUAAAAAAGAGGAAUAUAGAUCCAAGUGCAACAAGAAGCAAGAUUGAAAAAUGUCUGAAGGUGCUUUAUAAAGAAGCUUUGAUAAGUCUUAUAAAAGAUAACAUUGGAUUAGAAGAGGCUUCAGUAAAAAGGCUUUCUGCUACUUGUGAUGACUUAAAUUUGGAUGGGGAUGAGAUUCUCAGUGGCUUUUUAGUCAAAGAAACUUCUGGUGAUAAUGAAAAUAUCAUCUACAGUUUUCCUCAUAAAGAUUUGCAGGAAUUUUAUGUGGCUAUGUAUAUAAAUGAUGUUCUUAAGGAUUUGAGUAUAUCUCAAAUAUUAUGUGACAUUGAAAUCUGUCUUCAGAUUAACUGCAUACCUGCAGAGUACAUUGAACGUAUACUUACUCCUGUACCUAAUAUUCUGAAAGAAUAUGAAUCUUGUAAUUCCUCUAGGACUAUCAUGAAUGUACUUGACCAAGUAUUUGAGGAAGUUGUUGAAAAUUCAGAGCAAGAAAAGAAAAAGAAAAACCUUAGGGGCAUUUUAGUUCAUCUGGCUGGACUUAUGCAUCAGAGAAGAUCAUUGGAUGAGAAGAGAGCUGAAGAAAUUACUACAUUAUUAAAAGAUUCAGGUGUUGAAAAAAACCGUCAGUGGCUUUGUAUACUCUCACUUAUUAAUUGUGAUGACACUUUGGUUAAAUACUUUGCAGGUAUGAUGAAUCUGACAGGACACAUUAAGAUUUCAGACAGACGCAUUACUCCGUAUACGAGAGUCUUGAAAUAUGCACAACCAGAGAGUGUCUUGAUCACAGUUAGUAGCAGGCCAGAAGAUGUUCCCCUGCAAGAGGCUUUCAUGAGUCUUCAAGAGUCCUGGGAGGUAAAGGUGUGUCUUGAAGAAGACUUUACGAAUCCUACAAGCAUAAAUAGUGACGUUGAUAAAUCUCUACAGGAAAUGUUUCAGAGAAGCAGAGUCACAGGUUUUUGUGGGAUACUUAGUCAUGCUGCUGCAGUACUUCUUCCAAGCCAUCUACAGUAUCUUAGUCUGACAGUGCUCGACGACAAUCAUUAUGAAUUUCUGGUUUUGGUAUUGAAUUUAAUCCCAGAUAGACAACCACGACUAACACAUCUAUGGUUGCAUGUCAAGAGGAGAGUAGCUUUGACGAUGAUGAGACCACUACCAGCAGUGCAGAAUUUGAACCUGACACUCAACUGCACAAAUGAAACAGAAGUUGAUUGGGCGUGUGAGGCCGUCCAAUCACUACAGCCUGUUGACAACCACAAAGGGUACAGUUUUCUUAAGUUCCCGGGUGCUACUGAGAACAUAGCUGUGUGCAGACAGCUGCUGAAUGGCCUGGCUAACAGAGGGAUUAAAGUGCGGGAAGGCUUGGAGUUCACCCCACCUGUGAGUACAGUGGAAAAACAAAGCCUCAAAGACCUCUGCAAAACACAGCUGGGCUGGCAGCUUGAUGUGAUGGAAGAGGAAGAUAUUUGGACAAUUUGGUGGUCUCGGAAAUUGGGAUCAACAUGAUUUGCAGGACAGAUGUUUUAGAAGUACAAAUCCAUUUUGUAAGAGAUAUAUUACAUUUUUAAGAGACUUUUACUGUUACCCAAUUGUAUUAGAUGUUUACAGUAAUAGCAUUUUGCUAUUGAGUCUUGUUGUUUUAUCAGAUGAGAUACAAUUGGUGAUGUGAAUAAGAAUUUUUGGUAAAAAAAGAAUAUAUAUACUGUGUACAUAUAUCAUUGUGUGAAGUGAUGAUUUUUAUAUUAUAUUAUGUGAUGAUUAUAUAAAGGAGAGAAA